AUGUUGUCGAUUGCCGUUCAACCUCCCGCUCGAGCUCGUCCAGGAGCUAUUUUGUAUCCUCCCCUCAUUGUUCAACUCAGCAGUGAGCAUGAUCUGUAUGAACAUCUCGCGGGUUACUGGACUUGUGUUACGCUCAUCCAUUACGCCACUGGCCAGGUCAUAUAUGAUCAGAUGGAUGGUAAAGCCGCAGACUCUGCGCAUCCAAUCGCCCAAAGCAGAUCUAGAGGUGUUCGCGAUCAAGCGUACUUCUUCUUCCCAGAUCUUGCGAUUCACGCCACUGGUCGCUACCGCCUCCGAAUCAGCUUGAUGAGAAUGGACUACUCUCCCGAGUCAGGCCCGGAUGGUGCAGUUGUUUGCGAUGAACAGGUGGAUACACGUUCGAUUACCGUGGAAGAGUCCGGUCCAAACUAUUCUCGACCAAAUUCUCAAGAACGUGCCUUUAUUAGAAUGCUACGGGAUGAUGGUCAAGAUGUUCCAGCUCCAGCUCAUUAA